CCUCUCCCUCCCCCCUCAAAACAUAAAAAAUCAGAGCUGCUCUGAGCUCCGACUGAAAUAAUGGAAGCACGGAGGCUAUUCGACGACGGAGCCGCGAUACACUUGGAUUCCGAUAACCGAAGCUCCACAAUAAGGCCUAGUACCGUUCAUCCCUCACUUCAACCCAACUACAGCUGCCAGAAAGUCCAGAAAGCAUUAGAGAACUUGGCAUCUAUUGAGCUGAGUGAACUCUGCAACGAAGCAAAAGUUGAGCAUUGUCGAGCUACAAGGGACUUAAGAAGCUGUGGAAGAUGUGUUCAAAGUGUGUUGAUUACAUGUGGCCAUGCCUCUUUAUGUGAAGAAUGUAGUCAGCGAUGUGAUGUUUGCCCAAUUUGCAGAAUUCCCCUUUCAAAAAAUGGGAAUAAACUAUCUCUUCGCCUAUAUUAUGAGUGCAUUGAAGCUGGUCUUAUUUCCAAGAGAUAUGAUGACAGGUUUCAAGAAAAAGAUGGGGAGAAACAAGCAACAGCAGACAUUGAAAGGCUGUAUUCGUUUUUUGAUGUUGCAUUAGAGAACAAUCUGCUAUCUCUAAUCUGCCAUUAUAUUACAGAUGUUUGUAUGGAUGAAACUGCUGUUUCUAGUGAUCCAGUUGUUGCUAUGUUGCUGGAUGAAGUGGUUGUCAAAGAUUGGUGCAAGAGAACAUUCAAAAACAUCAUUGCUGAGCUUCAGCCUAUUUAUAAUCUUAAUGCAGACGAAAUGAAAGAAAAGUCAAACACCCUUCUCAAGCUUACAUCAAGGCUAACCUCCAUAUCCACAGUUCUAGAAGAAUUCGAAUCAUCCUUCAAAGAUUCCCUUUCUGCACAGCUUCAUGAUGUUCACCACUUACAAGAGAGCAUACUAAAAACAAAACAGCAUAUGGAGAUGAUGAUUUGGUAUACAAGGCAUCAAUCUCUUGAAAUUCUAAAUCAUCAUGAUAGUUUCUCCUCAUGGCAUUCUGAUGUCCGUGAGAGAAAGUCAAUGGCAGUCAAACGCGCGUGGCCUUCUCCUAUGGGAACUUCAGGGAAAGACAUUGCAAUGCUGUUCAUUGAAGAUGCUUUAUCAAAUCUUGAUGCACAACAGGAGUAUGCAACAAAUAAAGAUGAUGAAUUUCAAAUUGCUUCUUUACAAAAAGAUGGAGGUUUAUCUUUUUCACGAGUUAAAAUAGAAGGAAUGGUGGGAAGUUAUCCUUUUGAAAACCUGAGAUCAGCUAUUGACAUUCUGUUUCUUUGUGGAAGUUCAGAUUUGGUUGUAGCAAAACAAGCAAUCCUGUUAUAUUACCUGUUUGAUCGACUCUGGAAAAUACCUGAUGACAAAUGGAGAUACUGUGUAGAUGACUUUUCUUCUACAUUUAACAUAGCAAGACACUCAAUAUUGGAAUCAUUUACUUUCUAUCUUCUUGAUGACCACAGUGAUGAAGCCCUACAGGAAGCUUGUGGGCUUCUCCCAGAGAUAUCGGGGCCCACAACACAUCCAAAAGUGGCACAAGUUUUAUUAGAAAGAGAAAACCCUUAUGCAGCUCUAAUGGUGUUACGUUACUCAGGAAGCGAGAAUGCAACAGAGUUAGUCUCACUCUCACUCAAUGAGGCUGUGACAGGUGUCCGUGUGAGAGUAGAAUGUGGGCUUCUGAUUGAAGCAUUCAUGUAUCAAAGAUCCAUUUGCACGAAAUUCAAAAAAAAGAAAUCAAGACAUGGUUUUUAUGAUGAUGAUGAUGAUUUUGAAAGUGGGAUUAAAAUCAAUUGGUUGGAAAUACUCGUGACAGAAAUUUGUAUUCUUUGUAUUAGAAGGAAUUUAGUUGACCGAAUUAUUGGAUUACCAUGGAAUGUUGAUGAAGAAAAACAUCUUCACAAAUGUCUUUUGGAUUAUGCUUCUGAUGAACCUUUGACCAAUACUGGAAGUCUUCUUCUUGUCUUCUAUCUACAGCGUUAUCGAUAUGUGGAAGCAUAUCAAGUUGACCAAAAGCUUCAAAGUAUUGAACAUGAAUUUGUUUCCAAGAACUCAAUUGAUGAUGACGUGGCAAACAGAAUGAGUUCCAUACAACAUUGGAGAAAAGGAUUAGUUGACAAAAGUAUACAGCUAUUACCGGAAGUCGAACAAGAGAAAGUGAAAAAUGGUGAAAUGACCGAAUUACCCCUGUUGGAGAAUGAUAUUCCAGGACAAGCUGAUUAUCUCCCAAAACAAAAUCCUACUCUUCCUUCUCUUCUUUUUCAAAUGGGCGAUGAAAACCCUUCACCAAAAUCGAAUUUAACAAAUUAUGGUACCCCUCAAGUGAAUAAUAAUAAUAAAUUUAGUGAUAUAGAAAGAGAAAGAGGAAUGAGUAUGCUUAAAUCCAUCAGUAAAAGCUUCAAAUUUGAUGAUAUAAACACUACCACUACAACACCAUUAAAGGAGUUUAACAGAGGCUCUUCAAGAAUUCGGAAGAACAAGCAGCUUUCUCAAAAUGACCAAAAUGACCUUCCGAGUUCUAGUCCCUUAUUCGGGAAUCUUGCUACAAAUUCUGAAAGACCGAGUAGAUUUGGUAGAAGAGAUGUUGUGGAAGCUUCUGGUGAUGUUAUGGACAUGUCUUGGAGUAACAAAGAGGAGAGGGAGAGGGGGGAUCCUGUGUAUUCUUCUAAUGGUGGACCUCGAUGGAGGUCAGAUGAUUGUGAAGAAGAACAUGAUGAGAUUCAGAUUCAGAGCCCUGAAAGAUUUACAACAAAUCAAACACCAUCAAAAGGAUUGAGAAGAAGCAGGAGGCUAGCUGGAAGAUGACUGUUUUUUAGAAGCCAUUGUUGGCUAUAGUUUUGUUUGUGUGUGUUAUGAUAUGAAUUGGAAGAGAUGAGUCUUUUUUAGAGUAUAAAUUGGGUUUAUUUGAAAAUAUUAAAUAUGGGUAAAAUACUCUAAAUGUAAUUUUUUGAAUUGGGUAAUUGCUAUUUGGAAUGUUGGAAA